UCUGGCAGAGACAGUUGUGGGGCCCUUGCAGGGUCAGUUGGAGGGGCUCAUGUCUUUUGGUUUUGGCUUUUUAUUUAUUUUUUUUUCAGCACCAUCAAUGCUGGUUCAUACAGCGCCCCACCACCGACCAGCACUUAACUCACACUUGCCUGCCUGGCUUGGACUGGGGCAGUAGGCCAGGGGCAGCGCCGACCAGGGUCAACAAGCUGUUUGCAUGUGAUCCGCGCCAAGUGCAGCAUCGCCUCAUCUCCGCAGGUGGCUCUCCCAAGCCUGCUGGGUCUUGCGUGCAUGCCCAUUCAGAGCCUGCCUCCUGUGAGCUGCCCUGGGCGAGUUAGGAGCCCGAGACAAGCAGCUGGAGCUGGAAAUACUGGGGCGGAGCAAGCCUGCAGGUAAGGAUAUUUGCACCCAACAUAGAUCAGAUGCAUGUAGUAGAUCAUUUCCGAGGAAGUCCAACAGAAGAGAAGAGAAAUGUGUUAGUUGAAAGUGCCAGGCUAGCAAGAGGCAACAUUGAAGAUCUGGCUGAACUGAAAGUUGGUGAAUUUGAUGCAGUCAUUUUUCCAGGUGGAUUUGGUGUAGCAAAGAAUCUGUGUUCCUGGGCAGUGGAUGGAAAGAACUGUACUGUCAAUGAGCUUGUGAAGUCCACUCUUCAGGCUUUCCAUAGUGCUAAGAAACCCAUUGGUUUGUGCUGUAUAUCCCCAGUGCUGGCAGCUAAAGUCUUCCCAGGUUGUGAAGUCACAGUUGGCCAUGAUAAAAAUAUAGAUGAAAGGUUUCCUGAUGCUGAAACCGCAUCUGCUAUAGUAGAACUUGGAUGCAAGCACAUUUGUAAAGAUGUAACUGAAUCGCACGUGGAUGCCACCAACAAAAUAGUCACUACUUGUGCUUUCAUGUGCAAAGCUCCUUUGCAUGAAAUCUUUGAUGGAAUAGGAACAAUGGUGGCAGAAGUCCUGAAACUCAGCUGAGGGAACUCUGAUUCUGCUAUCCCCUGCAAUGAAAUGACUACCCAGUAAAUAUAAAACAUUUACCUGUACUUAACUAUAUUAAUAAAAUAAUGCAGUUAGUGA